AUGUUGCCCAUUUUCUUCUCUGCAUUUAUCCUGUCUGCUUGUUGCUUAACCAAAGGAAACUGCAUCUCCUAUGAUGAGCUGAAAGAGCUGAAGACGGAAUUUGCCAUCAAUCUCUACCGGCAUGUAUCUGAAGCAGAGAACAGAACCAAUCUGGUAGUCUCUCCAGCAAGUGUGGCUAUUUCUUUGGAGCUGCUGCAGUUUGGAGCUCAAGGAGAUACCUUAACAGAGCUGCAGGAUGUCCUAGGAUACAACAUUCAUGAUCAAAGUGUGCAGGAUUUCUUGCACACGGUGUAUGAAGGAGUGACUGAUCCCAGCCAAGGCACAGUGGUUCAACUGGCGUGUUCCUUCUUUGUGGACACUGACGUGCAGCUCUUGCCCCAGUUUGCUGCACGUGCUGCACACUGGGCAAACAGCAGCCUGCAGCAAGCCAACUUCACUGACCUCAACAGAACCACAGCCCAAAUACAGGAAUGGAUCACCAGUAACACUGCAGAUGGGGACAUGCCACUGGAGAGUGCUGGGUCAUCACUCAGCCAGGCAGCCUUGGUGAGCACCAUGUACUUCAGAAGCGUGUGGCAAAAGAAGUUUUCCUUUAUGGAUACCCAGAUGUUGCCAUUUACCACAUCAGAGGGCUCAACUGUGAAAGUGCCCACAAUGCAUCACACAGCUGAAGUUAACUAUGGUCAGUUCCAGACUGCAGCUCUAGAGGCUUUCAGCGUGGUCGAGUUACCCUACCUGGGGGAGAAACUCAGCAUGUUCCUAGUGCUUCCCAGCCACAAAAGAACACCUUUGCCCCAAAUUGAGUCUCACCUUUCUGCCAAAACCAUAACCCUCUGGGCCAACAGCUUAAAGAGAACAAAGAUGGACAUUUUUCUACCUAGGUUCAGUAUUCAAAGUCUUUUUGACCUAAAGACAGUUUUUUCCACCUUGGGAAUUAGAGAUGCAUUUGAUCCUAUCGCUGCUAAUUUCAAAGGCAUUUCAGAGCAAGAUAGUCUUUACAUUUCAGAAGCUAUUCACAAAGCAGAGAUUGAAAUAACAGAAGAUGGUACAAAGGCAUCAGGAGCAACAGCAAUGGUGUUACUAAAAAGAUCUCGAACACCUAUUUUCAAAGCAGACAGACCUUUCACAUUCUUCCUGAGAGAAGCCAAUACAGGUUUGAACACAAUCCCUUUGGACAGGCAAGGUAACAGCAAUACAAACAACUGA